AUGAGUGUUGGUGGUAUCCCUGGUUCGCCCUUCGGGCAUUCUUCGAGACGAAGGGCUACACUCUCUUCGAACUGGAUACAACUGACUCCGGUUCGCGACCUUGUAUUCCUGGUCCCCCUUCCAAAGACUCCUUUGAAUUCUUCCAUGUACGUCUCGUGGCCCUUCUCAGUGACACUCGCGGACACUGAGAUAUAUCAGCAUGGAAUCGCUGUUGCAGCUCGAGAUGGGAGCAAUCGAGAUGUAGUCAUCAAACUCCUGGGGAAGCGGUCGGACUCUCCGGAUAUUUCAGACGAGUAUCAGCUUCUCUGCUUAUUGAACACGGAAUUGGCACGAGCAGACCAAUGUAACGCGACAGUUCCUGUUCUUAAAUUUAUUGAUUACGAGGAUUGGAAGUUCGCUGUUAUGCCCAUGUGUUGCGGCUCAGCAGCGUAUCCCCUGCUGACGUCCGAAGAGUGCUUGAAUUUAGCUUCUCAAUUACUUCAUGCCUUGGCUUAUCUCCACGAGAAGAACAUCGCACAUCGAGAUAUUUCGCCCGACAACUUAGUGAUGAACUACCACGGUCACCUUCCGGAUCUCUUUUUUUGGGGCCAGGGAGACGACGGAUUCGGUGUCCCUAUCCCGAUUGAACCUGUCCCCGGAUUCCGUUCUACAUUUCCAGUCAAAUAUUCGCUUAUCGACUUUGGGUAUUCGGUGUACUUCCCGCCUGAUGCUCCACGUUCGGAGCGCCUCAUAAGCGAGCGCCGUGGUCGUCCCACCCGCGCACCAGAAGUUGACAGUGACCAGUUGUAUGACCCUUUCGCCGCGGAUGUAUACCAAGCGGCGCAGAUGAUCUUCAGCUGGUUCGGCUGGAGGAUUCUCGAUGAAGUCCCGAAACUGCUGGACCUCAUGCAUGAUAUGACGAGCGCCAACCCUGCUGAUAGGAUUUCAAUGGACUCGGCUGCGUCGAGAAUGAAGACACUAUAUGACGAACUUCCCCCUCGAGAGCAGCUGACCAAUAUUUCUACCCAGUACCGAUCCCAACUCACAAGCAGCUGGCUGAAGCCAUGCCAAAAAGUUGAAGGGACCCCACCUUCAUUUUUACUUCUGCAGUGA